AUGAACAGCGACGGCGAGAUGAUGGUGCAGCUGUUCACGGCUGAGGCUGUCCGGCGGCAACAGCAACAGCUGAUUGUAACGAGCAUGCUGCGCGUUCGCCAGCCUUUCUUCGUCGUGCCUCGUCGCGGUGGCUCAAAGCCAGCCAAGAGGAGGAACAUCAACCGGCAUUGUCAAGCCGGCGCAAUGCUGCUUGACGCCGACUACUUCAACGACGACGUGACUCAUUCGCUGAAGGAAUUUUGGCGCCGGUUUAGGAUGAAGAAGGAGCUGUUCUUGAAGAUUGUCUACGGCGUUAGGAAAUACGACAAGUACUUCAUGGCCAAGCAAGAUUGCACAUGUUUGUGGAGCUUUACCUUAAUUCAGAAGUGCACUGCUGCAAUGCGCUAUCUUGCAUAUGGAGCUCCUCCAGAUACUGUCAAUGACUACCUACGGAUGGCUGACUCGACAUGUAUAGAGACUUUGUACAGGUUUUGUCGAGCCAUCAUAGCGGUGUUUGUUAAAUACUAUUUGAGAGCACCAAGGGCAGAUGAUACAACACGGAUCCUGCAAAAAAAUGUAGCAAGAGGAUUUUCUGGGAUGCUCGGAAGCAUUGAUUGUAUGCAUUGGGGCUGGAAGAAUUGCCCUUUUGCUUAG